AUUCCACUGAAUUUUUGAAUGACAAAGUUUCCUUGAAUCUUUCAGACAGGAAGAAACACUGAAACAAACAAAAAUGGGCGCAAAAGCAUAUUGUGAAACAUUUCCUGCUCUGCUCUUUUCCACUUCACCUUGUGUGGGCCCUAUAUUUAGCUCGGCCCAGGGAAACCAACCAGCAGGCAGGAAAACUAUGUUGGGAAAGAAUCGAAGGAAGUGUAGCGGCCGUUCAGACCAACAAGUCAGAUACUGGGGUCAGUGGUGGCUGAGUGCGCAGCAGUGGACCCGCUCUGCACGGCUGGGACAAAGAAAGGCCUUCCCAGUGACACGGGGCUUCUGAAGAACACCUAUGCUUUUCAACCCUGCUGGAUUUGGGUGUCAAUGGGGAUUUGAACAGACAACAGGUGGAUCUGUACAUGAACAUGUUUAAAAGAAGAAAUGUGGUCUGCUGGUAGUUGCUGGCUGGUGUAAAGUAAAGUAUGUUGAGGAAAACCCUGGCUGGUCCAAAGCAGUAAGCAGAACGUUUUGACCUCUGUCCUUUCGGCAGCUUGGAACUAUGGGAUCAGUCACUUUGGGAAAGGCAGCAUCUCUUGAUGCUCUCUUAAAUGAAUGCAUUCAUGCAUUCGAUGACGAUGGGGAUCUGAAGGCCAACCUGCUUCCUCGCACCCUGCUGCUUAUGCAUCGCUGGUACAUUACAUCUUCAGAAAUGGUGGGAAAACUACUGAUGAUGUACCGUGAGAGCAAAGGUGACACCUGCCAAAGAACCCGGCUGAAGAUUUGUUAUAUGAUGAGGUACUGGAUUGUGACAUUCCCUGCAGAGUUCAACUUGGACUUGGGUUUGAUCCAGAUAACAGAGGAGUUCAGGGAUGUGGCUGCUCAGCUUUCCUGUGAGGAGCAUUUGAAGCUACUCGACAUCUCCACCAUUCCCUCAUACGACUGGAUGCGUAAGUUGACCCAGCGCAAGAAGCAGCCUAAGAAAGGAAAGGCCUCACUGCUUUUUGACCACCUUGAGCCAAUGGAGCUGGCCGAGCAUCUCACCUACCUGGAGUUCAAGUCCACACGCAGGAUAUCGUUCAAUGAUUACCAGAGCUAUGUGAUCCACGGCUGCCUUGUGGAAAACCCGACUCUGGAGCGCUCCAUAGCUCUGUUCAACGGAGUCUCGCAGUGGGUCCAGCUCAUGGUGCUCAGCAAGCUAACACCUCAGACCCGGGCAGAGGUUAUCACCAAAUACAUCCAUGUAGCUCAGAAACUACUGCAGCUGCAGAACUUCAACACACUGAUGGCGGUGGUGGGGGGGCUGAGCCACAGCUCCAUUUCUCGAUUAAAGGAGACUCACUCUUAUCUGGCUCCAGAAGUUGUGAAGAUUUGGAGCGAGAUGACUGAGCUCGUCUCUUCCAACAACAACUACUCCUGUUACCGAAAGGCCUUCAAUGAAUGCCAGGGCUUUAAAAUCCCCAUUUUGGGUGUGCACCUGAAGGACCUGAUUGCAGUGCAUGUAAUCUUUCCUGACUGGGUUCAUGAUAGCAGUCAGGUGAACUUAGUGAAGAUGCAUCAGCUCUACAUGACAUUCAAUGAGUUGGUUUCAUUGCAGAGUGCAGUGGCCCAGGUGGAGCCCAAUAUGGACCUCAUCUACCUGUUAACGCUUUCUUUAGAUCUUUACUACACCGAAGAUGAGAUUUAUGAGCUGUCAUUGCUAAGAGAACCACGUAACCCCAAAUCAUUGCAUAUCUCUCCAACAACUCCCCACAAGCCACUGGUCCCACUGGACUGGGCUUCUGGUUUCACCACCAAACCAGACCCUUCUGUAGUCAAUAAACACAUCAGAAAGGUCGUGGAUUCCGUCUUCCGAAAUUAUGACCAUGACCACGAUGGCUAUAUUUCUCAAGAGGACUUUGAGAGCAUCGCCGCUAAUUUCCCCUUCUUGGACUCAUUCUGCGUUUUGGACAAAGAUCAAGAUGGAUUGAUCAGCAAGGAUGAGAUGAUAGCAUAUUUCCUCCGGGCUAACCCACUGCUUCAGAGUAAGAUGGGUCCAGGUUUCAUCCACAACUUUCAGGAGAUGACGUACCUUAAACCCACCUUCUGCGAACAUUGCGCUGGAUUUCUCUGGGGAAUCAUCAAGCAGGGCUACAAGUGCAAAGACUGUGGUGUUAACUGUCAUAAACAAUGUCGGGAGCUGCUGGUCCUUGCCUGUAGGAAGCUGAUCCACUAUGUUUCUCCAGCCAGACUGACCCACAGCUCCCUGCCCAGCAGCCCGGCAAUGCCCACCUGUAAAGAUGAUGAUGAGGUAUUUGAGUUCCCAUCUGUCACAUCAACACGUCCAGCUCUGGACACUCAGUCCAUCACCUUGAUGACUGGGUCGGCCCAGAGGAUCUCUGUGCGCUUGCAGAGGGCAACCACCAGCCAAGCCACCCAGACUGACCCCCUGUGGGCUGAACACAGCUGGGGGGCCAAAGGUGGCGGCUCCCACACCUUCCCUAAAAUGAAAUACAGGACUAACAGAAAAACAUCUAAAAACAAAGGUUUCUCCCGCUGGGAAAUCCAGAAUGACCAGGCAGUUUCUUCCCGGUAUCGCAUGGACUCUCAGGAUAAGUCCAAUGUCUCAGGAGAGCUUGUCCAGAACGGGAAUACAAACAGAGGGAAGGUAAGGUAUUGGUGACUGUAGAUUUUGAUGUACUGUGUAACAUCUUACCAAAUGAAUCAAAGCGAGACCCUUUCAAACUAAAAUAUUAUUGACUAUGAAAAGAGUCAUUUAUGAUGAGGACCAUAUUUUGUCAAACAACAUCAAAUGUAUUCUUUGGGUAGAAAAUAAAUAUGGGUACAUCCCAAGUCUCUUAUUUGCUGUUUCACGGCUCCUAGUUCAUUUCUUCAACUGGAAGUUGUUCUGCGCUGCACAGCCUUCACAAAGCUUGCAAAGACUUGACAUGUUUUCUGAUUCACUGGUUUAAGUAUAUGUUUAGAUAAGUUCUGGUCAGCAAAAGAACAGCAAAGGAACGUCAUUGUCGAGCGUCAUUUUUCGCUCUACACGUUUAAGCUUCUGAAUGGCUAAGGGAGCUCGUGCUCUUCUCCACAUGAGUUUACUCGAAUCCAGUAGCCUCUGACGAUUCAAACAAGAGGUUGAAUGUGCAUAUUAGGUUAGGAUUAACCCAUUAAUCCCAUUGGAUGCUGACUUGCAAUGUGACGUUAAAAAACGGAAUAACUAGUGAAAGCAUGGAGAUGUAAAAAAAGGACACAAAGUGCACAAGGACCGCAGGAAAGUGUCUCGUUGCUAGUUCAACACGCGAUGAAAUUCUGCCUCCAAGAUGAUCAAAUGUGUGAUGUUUGGUGUUUAAAAUAACAUUAACAAUUAAACAUCCGUGUCUAAAAUACACGCUGUCUAAGGUGAUUACUCAUUACUUGUAAGAUUUAGUCUUUAGAAGAAAAAUAAACAUUCAAUUACAACAUUGUAACAACAUUCAUUUCAAAAUUUGCAAUUAAUUGGUUCAUUUUUUAUUCUAUUGACAUCCUGAGUAGAAAGUAUUAUACCCUCAGUUGUAAAUCAUAUUUCUUGACAUGACGUGACAUGUUGCCCCAUUCAUAUUUACACCAUUUAAAGCCGUCACAGACUCUCACACUCAACCACUUACCAGGUGAGGGUUUGGGGUUUUGUCAAACUUGUCAGUUUCAGGAUUAGUUUGGUUGGUUGUGAGGCCAGAUGCCCCUUGACUUGGAACAGAGUGACAAGAUCCGUUUGACUAGCGAAACUGUGCCGGUGAAUUUCAUAUAUACAAACACAGACACACACAGCCACGGCUGAUGGGGAACAGGAGAGAAAUAGAAAUAAAUAAAUUGAUUUAAAUGGUAGACACAAGGUAAACAUUUUGUGCAAUUCGCGAAAGAUGCAUAUUUAUCAUUUUAACCAAUAUAAAUGAAUACAGAAAAUGAGUUAAUAAAUGUGUCUAUAAAUGAAUCACCCAACAUCAUUAGGUGAGAACUACCAAUUAACACCAGCACACAAAAUAUGUCAGUGCAAUUAAAAAAGGCAUGCAAGAACAAUAGUUUAGUAAAAAAGCCAUGAGGUACAAAUGAGGAACUUAUUUUCUUUUCUUCUGCAGGACAGCUGACUUGGUCAUGUUGCUGUGGACCAGUCCCAUGGGUCCAAACAGCCCAUGGCAGCUUGGAGCAGGAAGCUCUUCUCUUUGGGGGAUGUGCUGGGCUGCCUGAGGUCCCCCAUAAGUGACCUUGAGCUAUCAUGUCCUCUCUAGACUUCAAGACAGGUGUGCUGUGUGGACACUAUGUAGCUGCUUGGAAGAACAUGAUGUGAGGUAUCUAGUAGAGAUCACAAAGAGGAAGCAGAAGAAUUCAGUGGAUAAUGGACCCCCACUGUGAAUCACAUGUAAUAGCAGCUACAGUUGUGCUCUUAAGUUUACAUACCCUGGCAUAAUGAUGAUUUCUUGGCCAUUUUUCAGAGAAUAUGAAUGAUAACACAAAAACUACUAUCACUUAUGGUUAGUGUUUGGGGGAAGCAAUUUAUUAUCAUUCAACCGUGUUUACUCUUUUUGAAUCAUAAUGAUACCAGCAACUACCCAAAUGACCCCGAUCAAAAGUUUACAUACCCUGGUGAUUUUGGCCUGAUAACAUGCACACAAGUUAACACAAACGGGUUUGAAUGGCUACCUGGGUACCUGGGAUCUGUUUGCCUGUACUCAAACAGCACAGAGACAAGCCUCAAUACUUCUGGAACAAAGUCAUUUGAGUGAUGAGACCAAAAUUGAACUUUUUGGUCACAACCAUAAACGUUACAUUUGGAGAGGAGUCAAGAAGGCCUAUGAUGAAAGGUACACCAUUCCUACUGUGAAACAUGGAGGUGGAGCGCUGGCGUUUUGGGGAUGUGUGAGCAACAAAGGUGCAUCAGUCUCGUGACCUCAAUAUCAUUGAGCCACUCUGGGGAGAUUUUAAAUGUGCAGUUCAUGCAAGACAGCCCAAGAAUUUACAGGAACUGGAGGCUUUUUGCCAAGACGAAUGGGCACCUUUACCAUCUGAUAACAAAGAGCCUCAUCCACAACUACCACAAAAGACUUCAAGCUGUCAUUGAUGUUAAAGGGGGUAACACACAAUAUUAAGAACUGGGGUAUGUCAAUUUUUGAUCAGUUACUUGGGUGGUUUCGGUUGUCAAUAUGAUUUAAAAAGAGUAAACACAAUUGUUCGAUAAUAAAUGGUUUCACCCAACCACUAACCAUGAGUGAAAGAAUAGUGUUAAUAGUUUCUGAAAAAUGGCUGGAAAUCCUACAUUCUGCCAGGGUAUAAACUUACGAGCACAACUGUACAUCCCGUGCACUGUAAUUGGCUGGGUAUACAUUACUACAAUGUAUUUUUACUUUGGCGUUUGUUUCAGGAUGCACAGGCUUAACAUUUUUUUUCAAACUUCACUAAAGUGUAGACUGAAAUUCAGUUGCCAGCCAGUUGUUAUUUGAGCCCUUAUAUUUGAAUAUUUGACUGGGCGAGUCUGACGAAUUAAAAGCCUGAUCUAAAGAA